AUGAUACGCGUCACUUUGGGGAGGAGCCAAUCGGCCGGUCGAAGCAGUGCCAGUGAACUGGGCCCUAAGCUGCCACACAUGGCACUGACGCAGUAUGAUACGCGGUGGCUCGAGAGUACCACGCGUUCUCUGAGAUCCGCGCGUGGGUGCGACGCGCCGCUCCGAAUGGCACCCAAAAUGGACGGCUGCAAGAUCGGCGGGCCGGUGUUAAUGUUGUUGUACCCCUUAUAUGCAUCGGUGAUGACCAUAGAUUGCACAUCGAAACUGGAUGCCAAACAGUGGCUUCCUUACUGGAUCUUAUACUCAUUUCUCACUCUCAUGGAGAUGCUUCUCCAACCCAUUCUGGAGUGGAUACCAAUUUGGUACGAUGUGAAGCUACUGUUUGUGGCGUGGCUAGUUCUACCGCAGUUCCAAGGGGCAGCCUUAUUAUAUGAGAGAUACGUGAGAGAGCUAAUGAAGAAAUAUAGAGGCUGGCGGCUGAGCGAUCAUCGUCACCACAAGUCUCCCAAUACCAUUAACAACAUAAGGGCAAACACAAAAGACGUUCUUGGAGUUCAUCACCCCCAAGAAAGGGGAACAGAAGGCAUACUGAAUAGAGAAUUAGAUUUUGGGAGACAGCAUUAUUUUCCCGCGCGCUAGCUAGCUUGUGUGGCUGAUCAUCUUGAUCUCUUUCAACGUUUCGUUUUCAUGGUUUCCUAGUUUUUUGUUGAUGUUACACUUGAUUUUCAGUCAUGUACGAGUUUGUAAC